AUGCGUGAACUAAUAAUAACAAGUGAUGUGCAUGUGUUUCAACAGGGUCAUGUAGAUUUCAACUAUGAAGUUUCACGAUCUUUGUCAGCUUGCCAGGGAGCUCUACUCCUAGUUGAUGCCAAUCAGGGAGUACAAGCACAGACUGUCGCUAACUUCUUCUUGGCAUUUGAUUCGGAGCUUACAGUCAUUCCUGUCUUAAACAAAAUUGACUUAAAAAAUGCAGACCCCGAGAUGUGUAUUGCACAAAUGAAGACCGUCUUUGACAUGAGUCGUGAAGAAAUUCUCCUGGAUAAAAUUGACAUGUCGAAGUUUCCAGUAGAAAACAUAAGAAAUUUCUGUAUCAUUGCACAUGUGGACCAUGGGAAGAGCACACUGGCUGACAGACUUCUUGAGAUCACAGGUGCAAUCGUAAAGCGAAGUGACAACAAACAGGUGCUUGACAAGUUGCAAGUUGAACGUGAGAGGGGAAUCACCGUAAAGGCCCAGACAGCUUCCUUAUUUUAUGAAUACAGAGGAAAAACCUACCUUCACCUGAUAGACACACCUAUUGCACAAAUGAAGACCGUCUUUGACAUGAGUCGUGAAGAGAUUCUCCUGGUUUCAGCAAAACUUGGCAUGGGAGUUGAAGAACUGCUUCAUGAAAUUAUCGAAAGGAUCCCACCCCCCAGGGCAGACAUGCUUUCACCGCUGAAGGCCCUGGUGUUCGACUCCUCCUAUGACCGCUACAAGGGCGUGAUAGCAAACGCGGCGAUCCUCGAUGGUCAGGUCAAGGUCGGCGAUCGCGUGACCUUCGCAUUCACGCAGAAGAACUAUGAGGUGCAGAAGCUUGGAGUCAUGCGUCCCCAGGAGGAGCUGGUUAAUUCACUCCCAGCACUGGGACAGGGGUUCAGACUGGGAUUCCUCGGCCUGCUCCACAUGGAGGUAUUUAACCAGCGGCUGGAGCAAGAGCACAACACAUCUGUUAUCGUGACUGUACCCAGUGUCCCAUACAAAUUCAAAAUUAUGGGAGAAAAGAAUAUAAAAAAGUACAGAGGAGAACAUAUCACAAUUAUAAAUCCUUGUGAGUAUCCCGAUGAAGUUAUCAUAACAGAAAAGAGGGAGCCGAUGGUCAUUGGAACCGUCAUCACGCCAACUGAUCACAUAUCCACAGUAACAAAUCUUUGCAUGGCACGGAGAGGCGAGCAGGAGUCGUUUUCUUACAUUGAUGAGAAACGUGCGAUGAUAAAGUUCAAGAUGCCCCUCAGUGAGAUUAUAAUUGACUUCUAUGAUGAGCUGAAGGCUACAACAUCCGGAUACGCGAGCUUUGAUUAUGAAGAUGCUGGCUAUGAGGUGGCAAAUCUAGUCAAGAUGCGGUUUCUGCUGAACAGCGUCGAGGUCGAUGAGUUGACACAUAUAGUGAAUCUAGGUGGCGCUCGCGACACUGGACGCCGCAUUUGUGAGAAGCUACGUGAUUCCAUCCCCCGGCAGCUGUUCGAUAUCAUGAUCCAGGCAGUGGUCGGUGGCAAAGUGCUAGCUAGAGAGAACAUAAAAGCAUUGAAAAAGAACGUGCUUGCAAAAUGCUAUGGAGGAGACGUCAGCAGAAAAAUGAAGCUGCUAAAGAGACAAGCAGAAGGCAAGAAGCGAAUGCGCAAGAUUGGUAACAUUUCUGUCCCAAGAGACGUUUUCAUUACUGUACUAAAGAGAUAGCGCUAGUUGAUUGUAUAAUUAAUCAACUGAUUUACUCCAACAAAUUGUGAAUUGGCAUUUUAGCCAGCUGAUAUUGCGAUGCUUUAAAUUGCUAUCACUGUCUUUUGGGGUGAUUAUUGUUUGAGAUUCUGUAAUUUUGUGAUUAAUUUGAUAUAGAGGAAUGCUUAUGCUGUCAAUUUUAAUGGUGUUAAAGUACCUAUUUAAUUAUGUACAUACAUAUCAAAAGUUAUCAUAUAAAUAAC